AGGUGAAUGGACAAGAUGGCCCUACUCAGAAUGAGUUCGAAUCUUGCCGCGUUACGGAAUGUCAUAACGCCCUGGCCAUAAGGUGUCUUCACCAACUAUGAUAAAAUUUCCAGGCCUUUAAAUGUGAAUCCCCAGAGCUGCUCAUUUCAUGUGCUGUAAAGAUCUUUAUGCCAUUAAUUGUAAGUUAAUGGGAGCAAUCGUCUGUGACUUUUUUUUAAUUCAAUAGAGAGUAAAGACAUAUUAGGAAUUCAUCGUUUCAACCCCAGUGCCUCCAUAGCUGUAUUGGGUUUUGUCUGAGAGUGGAUUGAGAAGCACAAUCAUAUAAAGAGAGACAUAGCAGGGAGUGAAGGCCAAUGUAACUGCACAGAAAAGCUGCAUUUGUGGGAAGAUUUUAGAUUUGGGGUAUAUGACGGUGCCACAGUGAGAUCAUUAAGAAAUUUAUCCAUUCUACUGAGUAAAGGAGUUGCUAUAUCAAGAGUUGGGCCGGGAAGAUCAAUGGGUUCUGUUUGGUGUCCCAUUGUUCAUGUGUAUCUCAUCAUAGCAUUAUUUAGUUCAUCUGCUCUAGCUGAAGAUCCAUAUAAGUUCUUUACAUGGAAAGUUACAUAUGGCACCAUAUGGCCUCUUGGUGUCCCUCAGCAGGGAAUUCUAAUCAACGGUCAGUUUCCUGGACCUCAGAUUGAUAGUGUAACAAAUGACAACAUUAUUAUUAAUGUAUAUAAUAACUUAAAUGAGCCUUUCUUAUUGUCAUGGAAUGGGGUACAACAGAGGAGAAACUCCUGGCAAGAUGGAGUUUUUGGAACCAACUGUCCCAUACCGCCUGGAACAAACUUUACAUAUAAGUUCCAAAUGAAGGAUCAGAUAGGCAGCUUUUUCUAUUUUCCGUCAAUGUACUUCCAUAAGGCAGCAGGAGGAUUUGGAGGCAUUAAAAUUGUUAGCAGGCCCAGAAUCCCCGUUCCAUUUCCUGAACCUGAUGGUGACAUCACUCUUCUGAUAGGUGACUGGUACAAGGCCAGCCACACUGCCCUUAGGACAAUGCUUGACAAUGGCAAAUCUCUAGGUAACCCUGAUGGUGUCCUCAUUAAUGGGCGAGGCUCAAAUGGUUACUCAUUUACAGUGGAACAAGGAAAAACAUAUCGACUACGGAUAUCAAAUGUAGGAUUGUCAUCCUCUCUGAAUUUCAGGAUACAGGGUCACAAAAUGAAGCUUGUAGAAGUGGAGGGAUCUCACACUGUCCAAAACUUCUAUGAUUCUCUAGACAUCCAUGUUGGUCAGAGCUACUCUGUUCUGAUUACUGCUAAUCAGCCACCUCAGGACUACCAUAUGGUUGCUUCUACUCGUUUCACCAGUCCUAUUCUGACAGGGCUAGGAAUUCUCGACUACAGCAAUUCACGGAAGGGUGUUUCUGGACCUAUUCCAUCGGGUCCAACCACUCAGAUUGAUUGGUCUGUGAACCAAGCCAAAUCAAUCAGACGGAACUUGACAAGCAAUGGACCUCGCCCUAACCCCCAAGGAUCAUAUCAUUAUGGGAACAUUGCCAUUGCUCAAACUUUCAAGCUUGCAAACUCUGCCCCCUUGAUCAGUGGCAAACAACGUUAUGCAGUGAAUGGCAUUUCCUUCAUAAACCCUGACACACCAUUGAAGCUUGCAGAUUACUUCCACAUUGGUGGAUUGUUCACCUUAGGUGGCAUUCCUAAUAACCCAGACGGUAGAUCUCCUUAUUUGCAGACUGCUGCCAUCUCUGCAGAGCACAGGGCUUUCAUUGAGAUUGUGUUCCAGAACAAUGAAAACACCAUCCAGUCAUGGCAUUUGGAUGGAUUCAACUUCUUUGUAGCAGGAAUGGAAGGAGGAGAAUGGACACUUGCAAGCAGGAAGAGCUACAAUGUGUUUGAUGCAGUUUCUCGCUGUACAACCCAGGUCUAUCCAAAGUCAUGGACCGCCGUUCUGUUGAGCUUAGAUAAUCCAGGAAUGUGGAAUUUGAGGUCACAGACAUGGGAAAGACAGUACCUGGGUCAGCAAACCUACCUGAGGAUUGUAACCCUUGGAGAUGAAUAUGAUAUUCCUCAGAAUGCUCUGCUGUGUGGAAAGGCUGCAGGCCGUCCCCACACUAGUCCAUAAUAUUUUUUUACAACAAUUCUCUUCAUUGCACGGAUGCUUCCUCUUGCAGUCACGAUAUUGUGACUGAAAUUAUUUGUAGUGUCUAUGGCGGCUGCAAUUUUAAAUUUUUGGCCAGUAUGUAGAACUGCUUAAAUAUGGUAAAUCCCAAUUAGCAUGUGGUUUAAGCUGA